AUGGUCAAGCUCGAAGAAGUUCUCGACGAGGAGUUCACCACCCAGCAGAACGGCCCCCAGGUCGAGGACGAAUGGGACACCAGCGAUGAGUCCGAGGCCUCAGAAGACGAGGAGGAAUACAUGCCCGACGAAACCUUUGGCGACAGACUCGCCGCCCUCAAGGACAUCGUCCCCCCCACAUACCGCAAGGCCCUCUCCAACACCGUCUCCACAACUUCAUCCUGGGUCCAGACUACACUCAACUACGGUGGAAAGACCCUGUGGGUUGUCAGCACCAGUGUUCUGCUCUUGGGCGUACCGUGGGCACUGGCCUUCGCAGAGGAGCAGCAGAUGGCCGAGAUGGAGAGAGAGAUGAAGAUGCAGCAAAGUGCCAACGAGCUUCUCACUCAGCAACAGUCGCAGGCAAAGCCCGCUUUGUAA